AUGGUCUCAAAUGGAAAGGUAUUUGGUAUAGUUUUCAGUGAAGAUCUACACGCCAGUCUAUAUUUUGUCAAUGCAUCUUUGCAAGAGGUAGUGUUUGCUAGUACCACAGGGACAUUGGUACCCUGUCCGGCAGCAGGGAUCCCUCCUGUGACGCUCAGAUGGUACCUAGCAACGGGCGAGGAGAUCUACGAUGUCCCAGGGAUCCGCCACGUCCACCCCAAUGGCACUCUCCAAAUUUUCCCCUUCCCUCCUUCAAGCUUUAAUAACUUAAUCCAUGAUAACACUUACUAUUGCACAGCUGAAAAUCCUUCAGGGAAAAUCAGAAGUCAGGAUGUCCACAUUAAGGCCGUUUUACGGGAACCCUAUACAGUCCGUGUGGAGGACCAGAAAGCCAUGAGAGGCAAUGUAGCAGUGUUCAAGUGCAUUAUCCCCUCCUCUGUGGAGGCAUACAUCACUGUUGUCUCAUGGGAGAAAGACACAGUCUCGCUUGUCUCAGGACCUAGAUUUCUCAUCACAUCCACGGGAGCCUUGUAUAUUUUAGACGUACAGAAUGAAGAUGGACUGUACAACUACCGAUGUAUCACAAGGCACAGAUACACUGGAGAAACACGACAAAGCAACAGUGCAAGACUUUUUGUAUCAGAUCCAGCGAAUUCAGCUCCAUCUAUUCUAGAUGGGUUUGACCAUCGUAAAGCCAUGGCAGGACAGCGAGUGGAGCUGCCUUGCAAAGCAUCAGGGCACCCCGCACCAAAGUAUCGUUGGCUGAAGGACAACGUUCCCUGGGAGCCUGACAGCAGGUUUCGGCAGACAGUUACAGGUCUACUGAUAGAGAACACGCGUCCCUCGGACACAGGCAACUAUGUCUGCGAGGUGUGGAACAACUAUGGUACUGCUGAGAUGAUAGGACGAUUAUAUGUAAAACAACCACUAAAAGCCACAAUCAGUCCACGGAAAGUAAAAAGCAGUGUUGGUAGUCAAGUGUCCUUGUCCUGCAGCGUGACAGGAACUGAGGACCAGGAGCUCUCCUGGUACCGUAACGGUGAAAUCAUCAACCCUGGUAACAAUGUCCGGAUCACUGGAGUCAACCGGGAGAACCUUAUUAUGGAUGGCAUGGCCAAGAGUGAUGGAGGCGCAUACCAGUGCUUUGUGCGCAAGGACAAGAUGUCUGCUCAAGACUAUGUUCAGGUGGUACUAGAAGAUGGAACUCCCAAAAUCAUUUCUGCCUUCAGUGAGAAAGUGGUGAGUCCAGGAGAGCCAGUCUCCCUUAUGUGCAAUGUCAAGGGGACUCCUCUGCCUACAAUCACUUGGACGCUGGACGAAGAUCCCAUAGUAAAGGAUGGCAGUCAUCGUAUCAGCCAGAUUAUCACCUCCGAAGGGAACGUGGUCAGUUACCUGAAUAUCUCUAACACUCAGGUCCGAGAUGGUGGAGUUUAUCGCUGUACUGCCAACAACUCUGCCGGAGUCGUCCUCUACCAGGCUCGAAUAAACGUAAGAGGGCCAGCAAGCAUUCGACCAAUGAAAAACAUCACAGCAAUAGCCGGCCGGGACACCUAUAUCCAUUGCCGUGUAAUCGGCUACCCAUACUACUCCAUCAAGUGGUACAAGAACUCAAACUUGUUACCUUUUAACCAUCGCCAAGUGGCAUUUGAAAACAAUGGGACAUUGAAGCUUUCAGACGUGCAGAAGGAAGUGGAUGAGGGCGAGUACACGUGCAACGUCCUGGUUCAGCCCCAGCUGUCUACCAGCCAGAGCGUUCAUGUGACGGUGAAAGUUCCGCCUUUUAUUCAGCCUUUUGAGUUCCCAAGGUUCUCCAUCGGCCAGCGAGUCUUCAUUCCCUGCGUGGUGGUCUCAGGGGAUUUGCCCAUCACAAUCACCUGGCAGAAGGACGGCAGGCCUAUUCCAGCCAGCCUUGGGGUGACGAUUGACAACAUUGACUUCACCAGCUCCUUAAGGAUUUCUAAUCUUUCACUGAUGCACAAUGGGAAUUACACCUGUAUAGCUAGAAACGAUGCAGCAGCUGUGGAACACCAAAGCCAAUUAAUUGUGAGAGUGCCACCUAGAUUUGUGGUUCAGCCAAGUGACCAGGAUGGGAUAUAUGGAAAAGCUGUAAUUCUCAACUGCUCUGCAGAGGGUUAUCCUGUUCCUACCAUUGUCUGGAAGUAUUCGAAAGGUGCUGGGGUUCCUCAGUUCCAGCCAAUUGCAUUGAAUGGUCGUAUCCAGCUUCUCACAAAUGGCUCCUUGCUGAUUAAACAUGUGCUGGAAGAAGACAGUGGAUACUACCUCUGCAAGGUCAGCAAUGAUGUGGGAGCAGACGUCAGCAAGUCCAUGUACCUCACUGUUAAAAUCCCUGCUAUGAUAACUUCCUAUCCAAACACCACCUUGGCAACACAGGGUCAAAAGAAGGAGAUGAGCUGCACAGCUCACGGAGAAAAACCCAUCAUAGUCCGCUGGGAAAAAGAGGACCGGAUCAUUAACCCCGAAAUGUCCCGCUAUCUUGUUUCCACCAAGGAAGUAGGAGAUGAAGUGAUCUCUACUUUACAGAUUUUGCCAACUGUGCGUGAAGAUUCCGGCUUCUUUUCCUGCCAUGCCAUCAAUUCCUAUGGGGAGGAUCGCGGAAUAAUUCAGCUCACUGUGCAAGAGCCCCCUGACCCUCCUGAAAUAGAAAUACGAGAGGUGAGAGCACGCAGUAUUGCCCUCAGAUGGACCAUGGGAUUUGAUGGAAAUAGCCCAAUCACGGGCUACGAUAUUGAAUGCAAGAACAAGUCAGACUCUUGGGAUUCUGUUCAGAGAACCAAAGAUGUUUCCCCUCAGCUAAACCAAGCCACUAUCAUUGACCUCCACCCUUCCUCAACUUACAACAUUCGCAUGUAUGCCAAGAAUCGCAUUGGCAAGAGUGAGGCCAGCAAUGAGCUCACCAUCACUACUGAUGAAGCAGCCCCUGAUGGCCCACCUCAGGAUGUUCAGCUUGAGCCUAUAUCCUCACAAAGCAUUAGGGUCACCUGGAAGGCUCCAAAGAAGCACUUGCAAAAUGGAAUUAUUCGUGGAUACCAGAUAGGUUAUCGGGAGUACAGUGCAGGGGGCAAUUUCCAGUUCAACAUCAUCAGUAUUGAUACCACUGGGGACAGUGAAGUUUACACCCUGAAUAACCUGAAAAAAUUCACCCAGUAUGGCAUGGUAGUCCAGGCUUGUAACCGGGCUGGAAUAGGACCUUCUUCUCAGGAAAUCAUCACCACUACCCUAGAGGAUGUGCCCAGUUGCCCUCCAGGGAAUGUGCAAGCUACUGCCACAUCACCAGAAACUAUCUCUAUUUCCUGGUCAACGUUGGCAAAAGAAGCCCUGAAUGGGAUUCUGCAGGGAUUCAGGGUUAUCUACUGGGCUAAUCUCUUGGAUGGAGAGCUGGGAGAGAUAAAAAAUGUCACUACUACACAGCCAUCACUAGAGCUUGAUGGCCUGGAAAAAUACACCAAUUACAGCAUUCAGGUGUUGGCUUUCACGCGAGCCGGGGAUGGAGUGAGAAGUGAACAAAUUUUCACGCGCACUAAAGAAGAUGUUCCAGGUCCUCCUGCUGGUGUUAAAGCAGCUGCGGCUUCAGCCUCCACUGUCUUUGUGUCCUGGCUCCCUCCUCUUAAGUUAAAUGGUAUCAUCCGGAAAUAUACUGUGUUCUGCUCGCAUCCGUACCCCACAGUAAUCAGCGAGUUUGAAGCCUCUCCCGACUCGUUUUCCUACAGAAUUCCUAACCUAAGUCGAAAUCGGCAGUACAGCGUCUGGGUGGUGGCAGUGACUGCUGCAGGAAGAGGCAACAGCAGCGAAAUUAUCACUGUAGAACCACUAGCUAAAGCUCCUGCCAGAAUUUUGACAUUCAGUGGCACGGUCACAACUCCCUGGAUGAAGGACAUUGUCCUCCCUUGCAAAGCCGUUGGAGACCCAGCUCCGACAGUCAAAUGGAUGAAGGAUAGUAACGGGACACCCAGUCUAGUGAUGAUUGAUGGGCGAAGAAGCAUCUUUAGCAAUGGCAGCUUUGUCAUCCGAACUGUGAAAGCAGAAGACUCUGGAUACUACAGCUGUGUGGCCAGUAACAACUGGGGAUCAGAUGAAAUAAUUUUGAAUUUGCAGCUCUGCCCCUCCUUCUUGGAUCCGCUUCCCAUGAGGAGCAUGGUCCAUGCCUUCCUGCUUGCUCUUGCGGCAGUGAAACUCAAUCUUGUCUACGUUUCUGAGAAGCUCGGAGAGCUCUGUUCUAUCCGAGGUUAUAUUUUGCAGUACUCUGAAGAUAACAGUGAGCAGUGGGGUAGUUUUCCCAUUAGCCCUAGUGAGCGGUCCUACCGUUUAGAAACAUUGAAAUGUGGCACUUGGUACAAGUUUACGUUAACUGCUCAGAAUGGAGUGGGGCCAGGACGCAUCAGUGAGAUCAUUGAGGCUAAAACCCUUGGAAAAGAGCCACAGUUUUCUAAAGAACAAGAGCUCUUUGCUAGUAUCAACACCACAAGAGUGAGACUCAAUCUUAUAGGCUGGAAUGACGGUGGUUGUCCCAUCACUUCUUUUACUCUGGAGUACCGGCCGUUUGGGACAACAGUCUGGACAACUGCUCAGCGGACAUCCCUUUCAAAGUCCUACAUACUGUAUGACCUCCAGGAGGCAACUUGGUAUGAACUGCAAAUGAGAGUAUGCAACAGCGCCGGCUGUGCAGAAAAACAAGCUAAAUUUGCAACACUCAAUUAUGAUGGUAGUACAAUCCCUCCACUCAUUAAGUCAGUUGUGCAAAGUGAGGAAGGGCUGGCAACCAACGAAGGGCUAAAGAUGCUGGUGACCAUUUCCUGUAUCUUGGUUGGGGUCUUGCUGCUUUUUGUGAUGCUGCUCAUUGUGCGGAGGAGGAGGAGGGAGCAGAGACUGAAGAGGCUGCGAGAUGCAAAGAGUUUGGCUGAAAUGCUUAUGAGCAAGAAUACCAGGACAUCAGAUACACUUAAUAAGCAGCAGCAGACACUGAGGAUGCACAUAGAUAUUCCUAGAGCGCAGCUCCUGAUUGAGGAGAGGGACACAAUGGAGACCAUUGAUGACAGAUCAACAGUUCUACUAACUGAUGCUGACUUUGGAGAAACAUCUAAGCAGAAGUCACUGACUGUCACUCACACAGUACAUUACCAGUCUGUGUCACAAGCUACAGGACCGCUGGUGGAUGUUUCUGAUGCCCGGCCAGGAACAAAUCCUACCACAAGGAGGAGUGCAAAAACUGGACCCACAGCUCGCAACCGCUAUGCUAGUCAGUGGACCCUCAACAGACCUCACCCCACCAUAUCAGCCCAUACUCUCACCACAGACUGGGGGCUGCCCACCCCCAGGCCCACAGGAUCAGUGGAUAAGGAAAGUGACAGCUACAGCGUCAGCCCCUCACAGGACACAGAUCGAGCAAGAAGCAGCAUGGUCUCCACAGAAAGUGCCUCCUCAACAUACGAAGAGCUAGCAAGAGCAUAUGAGCAUGCGAAAAUGGAAGAGCAGCUGAGACAUGCCAAGUUCACCAUUACUGAAUGCUUCAUAUCAGACACAUCGUCGGAACAGUUAACGGCAGGGACUAAUGACUACACAGACAGUUUGACCUCAAGCACGCCGUCAGAAUCGGGGAUUUGCAGGUUUACUGCAUCCCCCCCCAAACCUCAGGAUGGAGGGCGAGUGAUGAACAUGGCAGUUCCAAAGGCCCAUCGGCCAGGUGAUCUCAUGCAUUUGCCACCCUAUCUUAGAAUGGACUUUUUACUAAACCGUGGCGUGCAGGGCGCGAGCAGAGACCUGGGUUUGGGGCAAGCCUGCCUGGAGCCGCAGAAAAGCCGAACCUUGAAGCGUCCCACGGUCCUGGAGCCAAUACCGAUGGAGACGUCCUCCACGAGGGAAGUACAGUCUUGGCAACCUGGUGCUGUGGCAACGUUACCUCAGCGAGAAGGAGCUGAGCUGGGACAGGCAGCAAAAAUGAGCAGCUCCCAAGAAUCCCUGCUGGACUCCCGGGGCCACUUGAAAGGCAACAAUCCCUACGCAAAAUCUUACACCCUGGUAUAACAAAAAGAGCAUGGCUGGACAGUGGCUGUAAAUACUUACAAUGAAAAAAAUCCAAUGAAAGCUACCUUUUUUUUAUUGAAUUCCAAUAUUUAUAAUUAAA